UGGUGCGCGCGCUCGCCCCUCCCAGCUCUGCCACGCCUACCAGCUACGCGCCCGGUCACGUGACUCUGCUCCGGCCGGCCGCAGGAUGGUGGCUGGACAAGAUGGCGGAUGCCGAGGAGCUGAGGAAUAUGGUGUCGAGCUUCCGAGUUUCAGAACUCCAAGUCUUGUUGGGCUUCGCCGGCCGUAAUAAAAGUGGCCGCAAGCACGACCUGCUCAUGAGAGCGCUUCACUUGCUAAAGAACGGGUGCAGUCCUGCCGUUCAGAUUAAGAUCAAAGAGCUGUACAGACGCCGGUUCCCCAGGACGCUGGACGGCGUCUCCGGAUUAUCGUCCAUUAGAUCGAAUGCGUUCAGUUUGGACAGCAACUCUUCUGUGGACUCCGACCUCGCGGUGGCCGGCAUCCAUUCCUUACCUUCCACGUCUGUAGCCCCUCACUCUCCCGCGUCCCCCCUGGGUACGGUACUGCUUCAGGACACCAAACCUCAGUUUGAGAUCCAGCAGCUUUCUCCACCGAUCCCACCGGUACAUCCAGACGUCCAUCUCAAAAGUCUUCCUUUUUAUGAGGUGCUUGAUGUCCUCAUCAAACCAACUAGUUUAGUGCAGAAUAAUAUCCAAAGAUUUCAAGAGAAAUUCUUCAUCUUCGCUUUAACCCCCCAGCAGGUCCGUGAAAUCUGCAUCUCCAGAGAUUAUAUGCCCGGCGGAAGGAGAGAUUAUUCAGUCCAGGUUCAGCUAAGGCUGUGUUUAGCGGAGACGAGCUGUCCGCAGGAGGAUAACUUCCCCAGCAGUCUGUGCGUGAAGGUUAACGGAAAGCUGUUCCCUCUGCCGGGAUGUGCCCCACCACCGAAAAACGGAGUGGAACAGAAACGGCCCGGUCGCCCACUUAACAUAACUUCAUUAGUCCGGCUGUCGUCGGCCGUACCGAACCAGGUCUCCAUAUCAUGGGCUUCGGAAAUCGGAAAGAGCUACUCCAUGGCCGUGCACCUCGUCAGACAGCUGACAUCCGCGGUUUUGUUACAGAAGCUGAAGAUGAAAGGCAUUCGGAAUCCAGACCAUUCCAGAGCGCUGAUCAAAGAGAAGCUGACAGCGGAUCCUGACAGCGAGAUUGCCACCACCAGCCUGCGGGUCUCAUUGAUGUGCCCUCUGGGGAAAAUGAGACUGACGAUCCCUUGCCGAGCCGUGACCUGCACUCACUUGCAGUGCUUCGACGCCGCUCUCUACCUACAAAUGAACGAGAAGAAACCCACGUGGAUCUGCCCGGUGUGCGACAAAAAGGCUGAAUACGAAAGUCUCAUAUUAGAUGGACUAUUCAUGGAAAUCCUUAACCAGAGUUCAGAUGCAGAUGAGAUUCAGUUCCAAGAGGAUGGAUCAUGGUGCCCCAUGAGGCCCAAAAAGGAACUCCUUACCCCCUCCGGCUCACAGUAUCCUCACAUUGAAGGGCCUGUCAGUAAAAUAUACUCUGUAGUGGAGGCCGACGAGACCGCCGACAAGAAGAAGGCCGAGGUUAUAGACCUCACCAUUGAAAGUUCAUCAGAUGAAGAGGAAGAGCCGCCCGCCAAAAGGAAAUGCAUAUUCAUCCCAGAAUCGCAGGGAAACGCCAUCAAAGGGGUGGUGACGUACCAGCCGUCAACCAUCAGAUCAUCCAAAGGAAUGGCGCUCGAUCCAGACUCCAUUCAUCCUUCGGUCUCCGAAUACCCGGAACGCUUCCACCAUCCGCCCAUCGCUGGAAUCUCUGCGGAUCUGCAAGGACUGGAUUUCCUCUCCCUCGUUCCUGUCGAUUCGCAGCAGUACUAUCCCCCUAUGUUUUUGGAUAGUCUCAACUCGGCCCUUCCAGCCAACCUCACGCAUGGCAAAGCCGGAAUCUCGAACAGCCCCCUUGAAUCCUGGACUCGCGACGUUCCAUCUCCGGGCGACAGGACUCACCCCUGGAUUCAGACGGCCCCCCGAGAAGCCCCCCGCACUCCGAUGCCGCCGAGUUCUUGAGUAAAAUCCCCAAUUGUGAAUGUUAUUAUUUAUUGAACUAUUUCCCAGACGUGCGACACGGAAAGGAGAGAAUGUUGGGUCGCCCGGGCGCGCUGCGGGUGUUCGAACGCGGGGAAUGUCUCUGGCAUUGGAUCCGGGCGGACGUUGGUUUCGUGCAGGGGUGUCCAACCUGCGGCCCUCCAGCUGCUGCAGGACUACAUCUCCCAUACUCCUCAGCCAGCCCCUUGGCUGAAAGAGCAUUAUGGGAGAUGUAGUCCUGCAGCAGCUGGAGGGCCGCAGGUUGGACCCCCUGGUUUAGUGGUUUGAUCCGCAGGUUGCACACGUUCGGCUUGUGUAAAUAUGUUGCGCUGCACAAAAUGUAAAUAAGUAUUUUUAUAAAUUAAAACCUCUUAAAAA